UCAUGGUCCUAUCCCUGUUGUCCAUUGUGUACGGAGCCUUGCGCUGCAAUAUCCUAGCCAUCAAGAUCAAGUAUGAUGAAUACGAUGUCAAAGUGAAGCCUCUGGCCUAUGUGUGUAUCUUCCUCUGGAGGAGCUUCGAGAUUGCCACGCGAGUCAUUGUCCUGGUCCUCUUUACCUCCGUCCUGAAGGCCUGGGUGGUAAUAGUUGUACUCAUCAACUUCUUCAGCUUCUUCCUCUAUCCCUGGAUCCUCUUCUGGUGCAGUGGCUCCCCAUUCCCGGAGAACAUCGAGAAGGCCCUCAGUCGGGUGGGCACCACCAUUGUGCUGUGCUUCCUCACCUUACUCUAUGCCGGGAUCAAUAUGUUCUGCUGGUCAGCUGUGCAGCUGAAAAUCAACAACCCUGACCUCAUCAGCAAGUCCCAGAACUGGUACCGGCUCCUGGUGUACUACAUGCUGAGAUUCAUUGAGAACGCCUUCCUCCUCCUCAUGUGGUAUCUUUACAAGACUGACAUCUAUAUGUAUGUGUGUGCUCCUCUGUUGAUUCUGCAGUUGCUCAUUGGGUACUGCACAGCCAUCCUGUUCAUGCUGGUGUUCUAUCAGUUCUUCCACCCUUGCAAAAAGCUCUUUUCUUCCAGUGUUUCCGAAGGCUUUCAAGAGUGGCUAAAGUGUGUUUGCUGUGACUGUAGGCAGCAGAAAUCCCGUGAGUCUGUAGGCAAGACAGAUCUAAGGUCAACCGGAGACAGGGAUGAGACACCUUCUAGCAGUAAAAUAAGUUCUAUGCCCAGCCAGAUUUUGAAUACUGAUGAGCUCUGCUCUGCUUAA